UAAUCCAUAUCGGAUUUCAGCCACCCUAAGUCGAUUUUAUGCCUGCUAGGUAAUAGACAUCUUAACCUCCUAAAAACCAUUAAUCAGAACCAACAUGGCAUUUUCAUCGCGUGGUAUUCCUAGCCACUUACGCCAAGCUUCUACUUCGGGCAAUCCUGGUGCCCAAUCUACGGGCCAAUCGCCGGCGCUGGUUGCCCGAGUCAAUGAGAAGAAAGCAGAGCUUGAAAACUUGAAAGAGCUACGAGAUCUAAGUGCGGCUGUGGCAAACCAGAUGGAGGCUUUGGAACAGAAGCUUUCUACUCUAUCAGAUGGAACAGAAGCGAUUGCGACGGUAGUGAGCAACUGGCAUAAUGUGCUUCGGGCUAUUAACAUGGCAUCAACAAAAAUACCGACACCGCGAAACGUGGAUGAUGAGGGUGAAGCCAAGACUCAAGAGGAUACUCUUCCUUUACCUCAGACUCUAGUUCGAAUACCAACAGAGCAUGCACCAGCUCUACAAGCCCAAGCCGAGGCCAUUGCAGAGAACGAAAACAAUUCAUCAUCCAUCUCUUAAGAAGAGGGAUUAAGAGAUCUUUACUACGCACAGGGUUAUAAAGAUCUAGUCUUAAGAGGCUCAGAUCUCAUGUGCCCGUGCUCACUCGCAUAUCUUGUGAUUACCACUACCCAGGUACCAGGCACAGCUCUUUAUUCAUUAAAACCAAACCAGUUAUUGACCGCUCUACCUAGCCAGAGCCCAUUCAUAAGGCUAUUAGCCGUUACCGUGAGGUUGGGGCUGAUCCAUCACGAUGUCAUAGACUCAUGAUUCACAAUUGCUGCAGGGGCGUUCUUACGGACUGAAGUGGGGAAGGUUCGCGUCUAGAUUAGAGAUUCGCGUCAGAUCGCGUUACUACGGGAAAAGAUCUGACGUACCACAUAGGGAAAGCUACACUCGAGAAAGUCGAUAGCACUAGCUCGAGUUAAGCAAUUACUUCAUACACGCAUUACGCAACGGAGUUUCCAACAAAUUUUAACUUUGAAUACCAAAAGUGCAAGUACUGCC